AGAGUAGAGAGUAUAAAGGGCAUUUGAAUACAGAAAUGGUGAUGCUAUACUUUGUAUCUGCAAGAGGCAGAAGAAAAAGAAAAGAGAAGAAAAGCGAAAGCUUUCUCCUCCUCCUCCACCCGAUGGAUCGGAUUGUGCAAUGUAGAUGACCUUCUUGGUCAGUGGCCGGGGACAUCAACAUCAUUGUUAACAACACUCUCUCGUGUUCAUGUUAUGGCGGCAGAGGAGGCGUUGUUCUUUUCUGUGGCAUCAGUGGUGGAGGACGUGCUUCAGCAGCACGGUCCUCGCCUCAAAGAUCUUGAUUUGGAAUCCAGGAAAGCAGAAGAAGCUGCAUCAAGAAGAUAUGAGGCAGCGGGGUGGUUGAGAAAAAUGGUUGGAGUAGUUGCGGCUAAAGAUUUACCAGCAGAGCCCUCUGAGGAAGAGUUUAGACUUGGUUUGAGAAGUGGGAUUAUUCUCUGUAACGUUAUUAAUAAAGUUCAAUCCGGAGCUGUUCCCAAGGUUGUGGAGAGUCCUGUUGAUUCUGCAUCGAUCCCUGAUGGGGCACCAUUAACGGCAUAUCAGUAUUUUGAGAACGUGAGGAAUUUCCUGGUGGCUGUCCAAGAAAUUGGACUUCCUACCUUUGAGGCAUCUGAUCUGGAACAAGGAGGAAAAUCGUCUAGGAUUGUCAAUAGCGUGUUGGCCCUGAAGUCCUAUUGUGAAUGGAAAAUGAGCGGGGCAAAUGGCGUGUGGAAAUUUGGUGGAAAUCUCAAACCCACUGUGUCUGCCAAAUCUUUUGUUAGGAAAAACUCAGACCCAUUUACUAAUUCCUUGUCAAGAACUUCAUCGAUCAAUGAUAAACAUCUCACAGUUCUUAGUUCUGACGUAGACUCUGACAAAAUGUCUGGUUCCCAUUCUUUGAGUUCGCUUGUUCGUGCGAUUCUAUCGGAUAAGAAGCCAGAAGAAGUUCCAUCGUUGGUUGAAUCUGUUUUGAGUAAGGUUGUAGAGGAGUUUGAACAACGCAUUGCAACCCAAGGUGAAAAGGCAAAAGUAACUUCGAUUGAUCCUGUUUCUCAGAGCAAUGGGUCUGUUGUGGCAGAUAAAAAGGGGGAGAAGAAGAUUCAUGUGGUAACGAAAAAAGAAGAUGGCAUUCAUAAAAGUCAAGUUAAUGCUAUGGUAUCAAAAAAAGAGGAUCGCAAUCAUAAAAAUCUAUUUGCUGAUGAGGAAUCGCAAAGGCAACUUCUGAAGCAAAAAAUGCUCUUUGAUCAGCAGCAAAGAGAAAUUCAAGAGCUAAGACAUACUCUUCACACCACAAAAUCUGGUAUGCAGUUCAUGCAAAUGAAAUUUCGUGAGGAGUUCUCCAAUCUUGGGAUGCACGUUCAUGGCUUAGCUCACGCUGCUUCUGGAUAUCACAGAGUUCUUGAAGAAAAUCGCAAGCUAUACAAUCAAGUCCAGGAUCUUAAGGGGAGUAUUAGGGUUUACUGUCGAGUAAGACCAUUCUUUCCUGGGCAAUCAAAUCAUUUGAGCGCAGUGGAAAAUAUAGAUGAUGGAACUCUCACAGUUAAUAUUCCUUCAAAAAAUGGGAAGGGACGCAGGUCCUUCAACUUCAACAAAAUCUUUGGACCAUCUGCAACCCAAGCUGAGGUCUUCUUAGACAUGCAGCCACUCGUUAGAUCUGUUCUUGAUGGCUAUAAUGUUUGCAUAUUUGCAUAUGGUCAAACAGGAUCAGGAAAAACUUACACUAUGACUGGACCAAAAGAAAUCACAGAGAAAAGCCAAGGUGUAAAUUACAGAGCUCUAAGCGAUUUGUUUCUUAUAGCGGAUCAAAGAAAGGACACUUUCCAAUACGACGUUUCUGUUCAAAUGAUUGAGAUUUACAAUGAACAAGUCAGGGAUCUUUUGGUCACUGAUGGAACAAACAAAAGAUUGGAGAUUCGAAGUAGUUCUCAGAAAGGACUCAGCGUUCCAGAUGCAAGCCUUGUCCCUGUAUCAUCAACUAUUGAUGUGAUUGAACUAAUGAACCUUGGUCAAAGGAACCGUGCAGUUGGAGCAACAGCUCUUAAUGACCGCAGUAGCCGAUCUCAUAGUUGCUUGACUGUUCAUGUUCAAGGAAGAGAUUUGACAACUGGAGCUAUCCUUCGUGGAUGCAUGCAUUUGGUUGACUUAGCAGGAAGUGAGAGGGUGGAUAAAUCCGAGGCCACAGGAGAUAGACUGAAAGAGGCACAGCAUAUUAACAAAUCUCUUUCAGCUCUGGGUGAUGUCAUUGCUUCCCUCGCUCAGAAAAACUCACAUGUACCUUACAGAAACAGUAAACUCACACAACUACUCCAAGAUUCACUUGGAGGACAGGCAAAGACACUAAUGUUUGUUCACAUAAGUCCAGAGAGUGAUGCUAUUGGAGAAACAAUUAGUACCUUAAAAUUUGCUGAAAGAGUUGCCACAGUUGAACUUGGUGCUGCUAGAGUAAACAAAGAUAGUUCAGAUGUUAAAGAGCUCAAAGAACAGAUUGCAAGCCUUAAGGCAGCACUAGCAAGAAAGGAAGGAGAAUCAGAACAUUCUUUAUGCAGCAGCUCCGAAAAAUACAGGACAAAGGGUAUUGAGCUUUCACCUUACCAAGUUCCUGACACUGGGGAUCAGCUUGGAUGCCGGCGACCAAUGGUGGAGGUUGGCAAUAUAGAGGUUCAAAGUAAUACUACAGUGAGGCACAAAACUCAGAGCUUUGACUUUGAUGAGAUAUCAGCAAAUUCACCACCGUGGCCUCCGGUGAACAAUAGUCUUGGACAAAACUGGGAGGAUGACAAAGAAUCUGGUUCUGGAGAAUGGGUUGAUAAGGUCAUGGUCAACAACAAGCAAGAUGUAAACAAAACUGAGAACCUCUUGGGGUGUUGGCAAACAAGCAAUGGGAACUUAUCUGAGGCCUUUUAUCAGAAAUAUCUUAAAGAUUCUCCCAAAAUGUACUCAGAACAAUCUUACAACAUGUUCAUAGGAGGCAACCAGUUUAACAUUGCGGGUUCAGAUGACACGGAUGAGCUUGAUGCUGCCACCAGUGAUUCCUCGGAACCUGACUUGCUUUGGCAAUUUAAUCAUUCCAAACUUAGCAGCAUGACCAGUGGAAUUGGAUCAAAGACUACAAGAUCUAUCUCUAAGUCAGCGAAAAGCCCCGAGUUGAGUAAGAAUGGUGUUCAUUCUUCUCCUUUGGGUCCUUCACCGUCAUUGAAACAGUCAAAUGGCGUCCCACAUCGAACAGGAAGGCAACCGGCUCCAGUUGACGUGAAACGUAGAAGUGGGAGUAGAAAAUAAACAAUGUGUUAUUCAGAAGGUAUAAAGAGUGAUUGUUCAUAUUUUUUAUUUUUUUAAUAUUUUUUCAAUUUUUUAGAUGGACAGAGAGAGCUAUUUUUAUAUUAUUUUUUUUGGGUUUGUAUUUUGUAAUCAUCAACCUUACACGGAUAAUGGAGCAAUAAUGCCAGUUGCUUUGUUUGUAUGAUGACAUUCUUUUGUUUUAUUUUACAACAUUUCAGGGAAUGUAACACUGCAAUGAAUUUUUAUCUGUACAAA